AUGGCGGCGCACCCCGACGCGCGGGACGCGGAGCUCAGCUGCGGCAGCGACGCGCUGCCCGAGGCGGCGCCCGCGUGGAGCGCCCGCCGGGCCCUGGGCGGCGCCGCCGUGGCCUGCCUCGCCUGCGCCGGCGGCGGCUUCGUGGCUCGGCGCCUCCUCGACGCCCGCCUGCCCGGGGUGGAGCGCGACGUCGGCCUGCUGCAGGUGCUGGCGAAGCCGCGGCGCGAGGACUGCGCGGCGACCACGGACGACUGCUUCGAGGCCGCGUGCUGCGACGUUGCCGGCUACACCUGCUUCGUGACGGACACGCCCGGCCAGGCCAAGUGCCUGAAGAACUGCUCCAAGAGCGACGGCUAUGCGUGCGCGGUUCCCGUGCCAAAGGCCCGCGAGUCCAUGUAUCUGGACGAUGCCGUUGCGACCGGGAGUGCGAUGUACUGCUUCUCGGUCUACAUGUCGGACACUGGCAGCGAUGGCAGCGUCCCGCGCCCGGACGAGCUGGGCUUGCUGAGGGCGUCCCACGACAGGAGCAUGGGCAUCUUCGCCUGUGAGAAGUGGGGCAUCUUCAGCGACGCGGCUGGCGACCUGAAACCCGGCGUUCCCUUCGUGGCCGUGGACGACGUGGACGGCGACUUCCACAUCCUGAAGCGCAAGGAGACUGCCUCCUGGGUCAACACUGGCCUGCACACCCAGGUCUGGAAGGCGGUCCUGGCGGCCGGAGAGUACCGGAGCGCCGACUGGGUCGUGAAGGUGGACUGCGACGCCGUGUUCCUGCCCAGCCGCCUGAGGCCCUUCCUCGCCGCCCAGGGCGUGCCCAACCCUCUGCACGGCGUCCCCGGCAUCUACCUCGAGAACUGCAAGUUCGUGAAGUGGGGCUGGUUCGGGAACCUGGAGAUCAUGUCGCUCACGGCCGCCGACACGCUCUUUGCGCACAUCGACUGGUGCAAGAAGACCCUGGACUGGAAGACGGGGGUGGAGGGCGGGAAGUACGGGCCGAUGGGGGAGGACCUCUUCGCACAGGUCUGCCUGGACUCCGUGGGCGUGCGCAGGGGCGGGGCUUUCGAGACCGUGCUGGAUGGAGCCUGCGAGGCCGAUCGUCCCGACGACCAGAAGAAGAACAAAAAGUGGAGGCCCGAGUGCACGGAGAAGAAAAUGGCGGCGUACCAUCCGCUGAUGAAGGUGGAGGACUUUGUGGCCUGCUACGACCGGACGGUGCAGGCCUUCGGAUACUGA